AUGUCUGCCCCUUCGAUCGCCAACUACGUCGUCAAGCGCCCAUGGCUCAAGCGCUGGAUGACCCCCAUCGCCCAGUGGUACACCGAUGCCGCCGGCUACAGACGCCUCGGACUGAAGAUCGAUGACCUGAUCCCCGAGGAGAGCGAGACUGUCCAGAAGGCCAUCAAGCGUCUGUCUUCCAAGGAGGCCUACGACCGUGUCUUCCGUAUCCGCCGUGCUGUCCAGUGCUCCAUCUCUCACACUCUCCUCCCCCCUCACGAGCAGACCAAGCCCGAGGAGGACGUCGAGUACCUGAGCCCCAUCAUCCGCGAGAUCGAGAAGGAGGCCAAGGAACGUGAGGACCUCGACAACCUCGUCGUCCGCAAGUAA